AUGCUCUGGAUUGUGGUUGCACCGUGAUUCAGGUAAGAGUUCAAGAGUUGCGACAAACAUUUUUAAAUAACGAAAAGCUUUUGAAUUAUUUUAAAUGUACAAGAUAUAGCAAGCGUUUGAGUGAUAAGAGGAACGGCAGGAGUUCUGUUGUCCCCUUCCUGGAACUCGCUGCAACUGUUGGCGUACUUCUGUUUACUCUCAACUGCAGUCUAAAGUGUAUUCUUUCUAUGGCUUCUCACUCUCAGGCUCUGGAUGGUCGUAUGGAGAAGCUUCAGCUCUAUUCCUAUUGGAGAAGCUCCUGCUCAUGGCGCGUACGAAUCGCUUUGAAUCUGAAAGGGCUCCCUUACGAGUACAAGCCUGUCAACCUUCUGAAAGAUGAGCAGAGUUCACCUGAGUUUACUAGGUUGAAUCCCUUGGGCUAUGUUCCUGUGCUUGCUGAUGGUGAUAUGGUGAUCUCGGAUUCUUUUGCCAUAUUACUGUACCUGGAGGAGAAAUACCCGGAGCACCCCAUUCUGCCUUCUGAUAUGAAGAAAAGAGCACUUAAUCUGCAGGUGGCAAAUAUUGUUGGCUCAAGCAUUCAGCCUCUUCAGAAUGUUUCUAUUGUGCAAUAUAUUGAAAAAAAGAUUGGUAUUGAAGAAAAAAUGGCUUGGGCUCAGAAGCACAUAAGAAAGGGUUUUGCAGCCAUUGAAAAGUUAUUAGAAGAUGUUGCUGGAAAGUAUGCUACAGGAGAUGAAGUCUACCUGGCAGAUUUGUUUUUGGCUCCACAGAUUUAUGGUGCAAAACGUUUCAACGUAGACGUGUCUGAGUUUCCGACUAUAAGUAGGGUAAGUGAAGCUUAUAAAGAACACCUAGCUUUCCAAGCUGCCCUUCCAGAAAAUCAACCGGAUGCUGUGAAACCAUGAUAUUGUUGCCAGGCUUAUGUAGAAUCCCUGAGCUUCGUGAAUAAAUUGUCUCCUAGAUGAUUUAUGAUGUUAUUUCUUUGACGUCUUUUAUGUAAUAGAAAAGAGAUUCGGUGGAUGAAAUAAAAUUUAGCAUCUUUCACCAUCUGGUGAGGGAUGUCUCAUUUUCA